UGACUCGUUGGCUGGAGUCUAUGUUCGCAUUGUGUUACUGAGGAAGGAAUCCUUCACCGUCCAUUAGUACACUCUUGCAGUUGACGAUGACUUACGAUGACGUCUCGCGGUUUUCCAGAAGACGACAUCAGUUACGAGGGUGGAAAUUAUCGAAAUGCAAGAAUUCCGUGAUAUUAGUAGAUAUACAUGUGGGAGAUUUAGACACAUAGCGUUCUCCUCAUGAUGAAGGGUGGCAUAGCGUAUCCCGGAGACGCUCUUAACUGUAGGAGCCAAAGAUUUCCAUAAUGUAUCGUAUCAAAUUCUGUAAACAACAAACAUACAUUCUUUCUAUCAAGACACAGGUGCUGCAAGUUAAAGUCCACGGAGCACAGCAGUUAGAGAAACGGCCCCGAAUAUUAUGGGUUGUCCGGAGAGUGAUGUCGUGGCUCUGGGAUACAGUAGGCCUUGGCUGGUAUGGUCCCUCUGAGUCUGCCAUUUUGGUCAAACGCUGGCAAAAUUGGACGAAGCAAACAAGGUCGCACGAGUCCUCGACAAGGGAAAACAGCCCUCUGUUGGGAAGUUUUGCGCUCGCAGCUAUGCAUGUUUCUUCCAUUUCAGGCAGGCUUUUCUCUGACGAACAGGAGCCUGUAGUGCGUGCGAAGACGUUGAGAUGGCGCCGUUUCAAUCUCCAGGUUUUUGCAAACUUGUUAACAAUGAUAAGCAAGCCGUCGUGCCUAUUGCUCUACUCAGAUCACACGCGCGGCGUAGGGUUGUGAUCCACGACUUUUUUUUCCGAUCAUCAUUCGACAACCAUCUCAAAUAUUCAGACUCUUCGCUUGUACACCGUCACGACAUAAUGGACUGUCCAAAAAGUAGCUGGU